CUCGGUACUGCAGCGCUCCAACGGCAGUAAAGGGAGGAAGGAGGCGUGUGACAGCUAACCCGCUAACAUCGUCUUCAGCCGGCCGAAAACAAACCCAGUGUGUGUUGGUGAUCCAGAAAACAGCAGCCGUGCCCCGCCGCGCCCCCACCCCCAGCGGAGCCGUCAUGUGGCAGGAGGCCCGCAAACAUGAGCGCAAGCUCCGUGGCAUGAUGGUGGAUUACAAACGCCGAGGCGAGCGCCGGCGAGAAUACUACGAGAAGAUCAAAAAAGAUCCAGCUCAGUUUCUCCAGGUUCAUGGCCGAGCCUACAAGAUCCAUCUGGAUCCUGCUGUGGCUCUGGCUGCAGAGAGCCCCAUCAACAUGAUGCCAUGGCAGGGAGAUGCCAACAACAUGAUUGACCGGUUUGAUGUGAGGGCUCACCUGGACUACAUCCCAACCUACACACCUCCACUGCUCAGCACAUCCACCCCAGAGCAGGAGAUGGAGGAGAGGAAGUGCAAUUAUGAGCGCUACAGAGGCCUGGUGCAGAAUGACUUUGCCAACAUCUCCGAAGAGCAGUGUUUAUACCAGAUCUACCUGGAUGAGCUGUACGGUGGCCUGCAGAAACCAAAUGAGGACGAGAAGAAAAAACUGGCUGAAAAAAAGGCGACCAUUGGUUACACUUAUGAAGACAGCACUGUGACAGAGCCGGACCCCCAGUCAGACAAAGAUGAAGACGACUCAGAGAACAGUGAAUCCGAAGAGGAUGAAGGCAUCCCAGAUAUUGAUGUGGAGGUUGAUGUCGAUGAGUUGAACCAGGAGCAGGUGUUGGACUUAAACAAAAUGGCAACCCCGUAUGGAAUGGCUGAAGGAGACUUCGUUAGGAUGUUGAGGAAAGACAAGGAGGAAGUGGAGGCCAUCAAACAUGCCAAGGCUCUGGAGGCGGAGAAGGCCAUGUACUCUGGCCGGCGUUCUCGCAGACAGAGGAGAGAGUUCAGAGAGAAGAGGCUAAAAGGAAGACAGAUCAGCCCACCAAGCUACGCCAGGAGAGACAGCCCAACAUACGAUCCCUAUAAACGGCCAGAGUCAGAGUCCAGCUCUGAGUCGCGGUCACGCUCUCGAUCACCCGGUCCGGAGAAGAUCACCUUCAUCACCAGCUUUGGAGGCAGCGAUGAGGAAGCUGCAGCAGCAGCAGCAGCAGCAACACAAACAGCCGCUCCUCACUCUGGCCACGCCCCCUCCAACUUGCAGCACCCUGCAGGUCAUAGCAGGGGCUCCCGGAGACGAAGGUCAUCUUCCAGUCGCUCCCCUUCCUCCUCCUCGCGCUCCUCCUCUCGUUCCUCUUCUCGCUCUUCUUCCCGUUCACGCCGCGCCCGACGUGGACGGGGGGGAAGGGAUGGCCGGCGAUCCCGGACCAGAUCGCGGUCGAGGCGACGCUCCAGAUCUCACUCCCGGGCCAGAGGAGGGAAUGGAGGAGCUGGACCCUGGAGGAGACGUGACCGGACACGAUCGCGGUCAAACGACCGAGACAGAGGGCGAGACAGGGACCGAGACAGGGACAGGGACCGGGACAGGAGACGAUACUCGGCACGCAGACGAACGAGGUCCCGUUCCAGCUCACGGCAGGGGGCCAGUAUGAGGCGAGGAGGUCGGAGCAGUGGAGGCCACCGGCGGGGAGACAGUGUCAGCCGCAGUCCAUCGCAGUCCUCCAGUCGCGCUAACCACAGUCCCUCCCCUGCUCACAGAGGAGCCCAGCCCUCGUCCACCACCAUCUGUGACAAGCUAAGAAAGCCUGAUACUCCGGGUGGUAAAGAGACGGGAGCUGCCAAACCCAAGAUGACCCCACAGGAGAAGCUGAAGCUACGAAUGCAGAAGGCGCUCAACAAGCAGUCCAAGGCGGAUAAAAGAGCAGCUCAGGUGAAGAUCCAGCAGCAGGAACACAAACGACAGGAGCGAGAGGGAGAACUACGAGCCAUGGCACGCAAAAUACGCAUGAAGGAGCGUGAAAGACGUGAGAAAGAGAGGGAUGAAUGGGAAAGACAAUACGGGCGACAGAGCCACUCUCCUUCUCCUUCCAAAUAUGGCCGAGAGCACAGCUCACACAGAAGGUAUGCGAGAAGCCACAAGAGUCAGCACAGCUCCGAUGAAGACGAUUGAAUUGAGGUCGCGGUCUCGGUCACGGAGUCCAUACUACCGAUACUGAGCUCUGGAAAACAUGGAUCCUACAGUACUCCAGUACUUUGUCACACAUACUGUGCAAAAGAACUUAAAUGGAAAUAUGAAGAGAUGGACUAACUGAUGGUUGAUGAACCCAACUCACUAAUCUCCACCUGAACACUAUGUUCUGUCUACACAACGUAACAUUUUGACUGUGAUACUUUUAGUUUCACUAAUUACAAAGCCGAUUGGUUUGAUCUAAACUUUUUUUAAUUUCUUCUUCAUCUUGUAAAGAGACUGCAGGUUUAUUCAAUGAGUUCCUGGUUUCUUCUGCAUGCUCUUUUUGUUACCCUCCUCUGCCUGAACUCGUCCGGAGAUGUUCGUUUGUGUCCUUACUACUAAGCAAUAUCUCACCUUUUUACCUCACACCUUCCUCGUGUCAUUACGCUCUCCAUCUGCCUUUUACUUUUCUCCGACGCUCACGCUGAGGAGACAUUUUAAACCACUUUCAUGAACUGGGUGUACAGGAUAUUUAUACUUAUACAUUGGAAACUUCUUUAUGAAAGCGGAUACAAGUUCAUGUAUAAACUCAAACUCUCCACUGCUCUUUUUAUACUCUGUCCUCCGUCAACUGGUUCAACAGCAGCAAAUAAACUUCUUUUGGUUCUCAGUAAUGUGGAAUGUUAAAAUGCAGAACAACAAAUAAAUAUCUCUGAAAUUA